GGCCCCGCGGCGCCUGGCGGCGUUGCCAUGGCAACGCGCGUACACAGGCUGGGCGGGUGAGUGGGGUGCCGGGGGCCGGCUGGAGACUCCGCGGGAGCGCAGCCGGGAGGCCUUGCCCCGGAGCGGGCCCGAAGCCUCUCGAGCUGGCAGGGCUCUCGGCGGAGGUCGGAGCGUGGGCCUCCUCCUCCCGCCAGGGAAAACAGAGAGGAUGAAGGCCUAUCUAAAGAGCGCAGAAGGCUUUUUUGUCCUAAAUAAAAGUACCACAAUUGGAAGGCAUGAAGAUUCAGACCUUGUUUUACAGUCUCCUGACAUCGACAACCACCAUGCACUCAUUGAAUAUAACGAGGCGGAGCGCAACUUUGUUCUCCAGGACUUCAACUCCCGCAACGGCACGUUUGUCAACGAGUGCCACAUUCAAAACGUGGCUGUGAAGCUCAUCCCUGGAGACAUCCUGAGAUUUGGGUCUGCAGGGCUGACCUAUGAACUGGUCAUUGAAAACCCACCUCCGGUCUCCUUCCCAUGGAUGAGGGGCCCAGCACCAUGGCCAGGGCCACAGCCACCUUGUGGCACACAGCAGCCAAACCAGGCCCUCCCACUGCCACAUAUCCCCUUCCACCAAGGCAUCCAGCCAGCACCGAUGCAGAGGAGCUGGUCCCAGGCCUUCCCCAGACCCACUGUGGUCCUGCCGGCCUCCCACAGGCGGCCUGUGAGCGCCAGCAAGGAGAUGUUCUCGUUUGUGAUGGACGACGCCCGCAAGCCCCCCGUCAUCAAGCAAGUGUGGACCAAUGCCAUGAAACUGUCGGAAAAAUCAGUGGCCGAGGGGAUUCCUGGGGCAGCUCCCCCCGUGGAGAUUUAUGUGGAGGAGGACUUGGCCCAGCAGGACAAGGAUGAAAUAAUUCUGCUGCUGGGAAAAGAGGUCAGCCGUCUCUCAGAUUAUGAAAUUGAAUCCAAAUACAAAGACGUCAUAAUAGCAAACCUGCAGGAUGAAGUGGCUGAGCUGAGUCAGAAGGUGUCGGAGACCACCACCUCCAGGCAGAAUGAGAGGGAGAUCUCGCAGAAGUGUCAGGUUCUGGAUGAAGACAUCGAUGCCAAACAGAAAGAGAUCCAGAGCUUGAAAAGCCAGAUCAGUGCCCUGCAAAAAGGCUACAGCCAGGUGCUAUGCCAGACCCUGUCGGAGCGGAACUCAGAAAUCACAUCCCUGAAGAACGAGGGCGAGAACUUAAAGAGGGACAACGCCAUCGCGUCAGGGAUGGUGUCAUCUUUGCAAAAAGACAUGUUAGCAAAGGAUGAGCAAGUUCAACAACUAAAGGAAGAGGUCAGUCACCUAAAAAGUCAGAACAAGGACAAGGACCACCAGCUGGAAGUCCUUGGCUCUAAAUGCUCGGUGUUAAAGGAAGAGUUAAAACAGGAAGAUGCUCACAGGGAGCUCAGGGAAGCCCAGGAGAAAGAGUUAAAACUCUGCAAAACCCAAAUCCAAGACAUGGAGAAAGAAAUGAAGAAGCUUAGGGCGGAGCUGAGGAAGAGUUGUACUGAACAAAGCGUGAUCUCUAGGACUCUGAGAGAAAAAAGCAAGGUUGAAGAGAAGCUUCAGGAGGAUUCCAGAAGGAAAUUGCUUCAGCUGCAAGAAAUGGGGAACAGAGACAGCCUCAUUAAAAUCAAUCUGGAGAGGGCAGUAGGUCAGCUGGAGCACUUCAGAAGUCAAGUCAUCAAGGCCACCUACGGACGGGCGAAGCCGUUCCCGGACAAGCCCGUCACCGACCAACAGUUAAUAGAGAAAAUUACCCAGGUCACUGAGGACAACAUCAAUUUUCAGCAGAAAAAGUGGACCCUCCAGAAAGAAACCCAGCUGAGCAACUCCAAGCAGGAGGAAACCACCGAGAACAUCGAGAAGCUGAGGACGUCGCUGGACAGCUGCCAGGCUUGCAUGAAAAUGUCCUGUCGCAGCCGUGACCUGAAGAAGGAAGUCGACCUUCUUCAGCACCUCCAGGUGAGCCCACCUGUCUCGGGGCUGCAGAAGGUGGUGCUGGACGUCCUGAGGCACGCGCUGUCCUGGCUGGAGGAGGUGGAGCAGCUCCUCCGGGACCUUGGGAUCCCGCCCUCCAGCCCCAACAAAGGGUUCUCUUUGUAUCUGAUAUAUCUUCUGGAACAUUAUAAAAAACUUAUGAGCCAGGCCCAGGAACUUCAGAUCAAGUUCAACAGUUCUCAGGAAACUCAGCAGUCUUUACUGCAAGAAAAGCUGCGGGAGCAUCUGGCAGAGAAGGAGAAGCUGAACGUGGAGAGGCUAGAGCAAGAGGAGAAGCUCAAAGCCAAAAUCAGGCAACUGACAGAAGAGAAGGAGGCUUUGGCGGAAAGCAUUACCCAGGAGAAGAACAGAGUGAAGGAAGCAUUAGAGGAAGAGCAGACAAGAGUCCAAGAGCUGGAGAAACGCUUGGCCCGCCAGAAGGAGGUUUUGGAGAGCAGCAUAGCCCAUGAAAAAAGAAAAGCAAAGGAAGCCUUGGAGUCAGAAAAGAGAAAAGUUCAGGAUCUGGAGAACCACUUAACCCAACAGAAGGAGAUCUCAGACAGCAACAUCGCCUACGAGAAACGCAAAGCAAAGGAGGCCAUGGAGAAGGAAAAGAAAAAGGUGCAAGACCUGGAGAAUCACUUAACCAGGCAGAAAGAGGAAUUAGAAUUAAAAGAGCAAGAAGAGGACGUUUUAAAUAAUAAAUUAAGUGACGCACUAGCCAUGGUUGAAGAGACUCAGAAAACAAAGGCAACUGAAAGUCUAAAAGCAGAGAGCCUCGCCUUGAAAUUAAGUGAAACAUUAGCUGAACUGGAAACUACAAAGACAAAAAUGAUCAUGGUGGAAGAGCGGCUAAUCCUGCAGCAGAAGAUGGUAAAGGCCCUCCAGGAUGAGCAGGAAUCACAGAGACACGGGUUUGAAGAAGAGGUCAUGGAAUAUAAGGAGCAAAUCAAACAGCACUCCCAGACAAUUGUGAGCCUCGAAGAGAAACUCCAGAAAGUCACUCAGCACCAUAAAAAAAUAGAAGGCGAGAUUGCAACAUUGAAGGACAACGACCCAGCCCAAAAGGAGGAAAGGCCGCAAGACCCUCUGGUGGCUCCCAUGACAGAGAACAGUGCCAAAGACAUGGCGUACGAACAUCUGAUAGAUGACUUAUUGGCUGCUCAGAAGGAAAUUCUGUUUCAGCAGGAAGUCAUCAUGAAGUUAAGGAAAGACCUUACCGAAGCCCACAGCAGAAUGUCGGAUUUGAGAGGAGAGCUAAACGAGAAGCAGAAGAUAGAACUGGAGCGGAACGUGGUGCUGGUCCAGCAGCAGAGCAAGGAGCUGAGUGUGCUCAAGGAGAAGAUGACCCAGAUGAGCAGCCUGGUAGAAAAGAAAGACCGGGAGCUGAAGGCCUUCAAGGAGGCACUCAGGGCUUCCCAAGAGAAACACAGACUCCAGCUGAACACAGAGAAGGAACAGAAGCCCCGGAAGAAGACCCAGACAUGUGACACCUCUGUGCAGAUAGAACCCGUCCACAAUGAGGCCUUCUCCAGCAGCCAAGAGCAGCAAUCCUUCAGCGAUCUAGGGGUCAAGUGCAAAGGGUCCCGGCACGAGGAGGUCAUUCGGCAUCAGAAAAAGGCCUUAUCUGAACUUCGAGCGCGAGUUGAAGAACUCGAGAAGGCGCUCUCACCAGAUCAUAAAGACCACCAGAAUGAAUCAUUUCUAGAUUUAAAGAACCUCAGAAUGGAAAACAAUGUCCAGAAAAUACUACUGGAUGCAAAACCGGAUUUGCCAACUCUCUCAAGAAUAGAGAUCCUAGCGCCUCAGAAUGGCCUUUGCAACGCAAGGUUCAGCUCAGCCAUGGAGAAGUCAGGGAAGAUGGAUGUGGCUGAGGCUUUAGAGCUCAGUGAAAAGCUGUACCUGGAUAUGAGCCAAACCCUCGGAAGUCUGAUGAACAUCAAGAAUAUGUCAGGCCACGUGUCCAUGAAAUACCUCUCCCGCCAGGAGAGGGAGAAGGUCAACCAGCUUCGACAAAGGGACCUCGACCUGGUGUUUGAUAAGAUCACCCAACUCAAGAACCAGCUGGAGAGGAAAGAGGAGCUGUUGAGAGGAUAUGAAAAGGACGUUGAACAGCUCAGGCGGAGCAAAGUGUCCGUUGAGAUGUACCAGUCGCAGGUGGCAAAGCUGGAGGAUGAUGUCUACAAAGAGGCCGAAGAGAAGGCCCUGCUGAAGGAGGCCCUGGAGCGCAUGGAGCACCAGCUGUGCCAGGAGAAGAGGAUCAACAGAGCCAUCCGGCAGCAGAAGGAAAGUGUAGAGGAGCACGAACCGAGAAACGCAAAAGAAUCGACACCUUGCAACUGUGCCUUCAAAGAGAAAGACAGGCAGAGACGAGUAUUUGUAGAGAUGGUGAAGAACAGGAUGCAGAACUCAAAUUCCCAGGUUGGAACCAGAAAAGCCUCCCUAAAGAUGGACCAAGAAAGAGAGAUGCUGAGAAAAGAGACCUCCAGCAAGUCCAGCCAGAGCCUUUUGCAUUCUAAGCCCAGUGGAAAGUAUUAGAGAAACCUCGUCCCACCAGGCCUCGUGUGAUCUUCUCUAGGACGGGCCAUGUUGGACCAAUCUGGCUAAUGACAUAUAAGGAAAAGCCCCUGCGGAGGGCUUCCCUUCCAGCUUCUCUAGAAGAAAGCAUUCACCCUUGUACCUUUGUCUUGUCUCCUUUCUCACUCCUGGAGCUCAGUCCAGAAGCUGGAGCAGCCACCUUGGGAUCAGCAGACACCAGCAGUAGGCCAAAGGAUAGUGGAGUGGAGGGAUGAGAAGGCCCAGGUGAGCCUUCUCUGAGAAUCACUGAGCUCUGAACCAUGAAUGAACUGCCUACCUCUAUACUUCCUGUUGUAUAGGACAAUUA